AUGUUCCGUUUCUUGAUCUGGGUGCUGGGUGUAUUACCUGCAAGAAUGCAAGCUUUCGGCACUUCUCUGGAGGAGUCCUCCGUUGGCCCCGCGGAAAGAGAGGUGAUGGUCCGAGUUUCUGGGCCUUUGGGGUGCCACGCGGGCGCCGAGGGCAGCACCAUCUGGAGGGGUGGGAGCGCGCGGCCUCUGGGGGGCAAGCGAGUGCGGUGGGCCGAGCCGGUCGGGGGCCCCCGGCGGGGCGCGCAGGAGGAGCGCGGCGGGCUGAGCCCUGCGCUGCCGGAGCAGCAACCGCAGCGCGUAGGAGUUCUCAGCUGGAGCCCGCAGCAGCUCCGCGGGCUGAAGCUCGGCGUGGAGGAGCGGGGCGGGGUGGGCCCGGCGGUGCAGGAGGAGGGCGGGGUGGGCCCGGGGCUGCAGGAGCGCGGCGGCCGCGGCCACGAGCCCAGCCGGGGGGUGGUGUGGGGGCCGCCGGACGGCGCGGAGUGGGGGCGCCCGCUGCGGUGGACUGGCUCGGCGGGCUGGCCUGUGGCGCAGGAGGAGGGGCUGGGGCCCCGCGGACAGCACCAGGAGAAGGGCGGAGGCAGCCCCGCAGUGCAGGAGCGCGGCGAGGCCCGGGCCGGGGUGCAGGAGCGCGGGGAGGGGAGCCCGCGGAGGCUGCUGCAGCAGCCCGAGCCGGCGUCCGAGUCCGGGGAAGUCCCCCGCGAGCGCAGGGAGGGGCCAGAAAGUUCCGGCGAACUGGGGGAGCGGCCGUGGGAGAGCGUCGGGCGGGAGGCGGUGGUCCUGGGAGCGGCCCCGGCGCCCCGAAGCCGCCCCGAGCUGGUGGGGAGGGCCCGGCCGGUGGGGCCCCGGGGGCCUGCGGGGGAGGGGCGCCUGGGGGUGCAAGAGGCGAAUUGGCUGCCCGGGGUGCAGGAGGGACAGGUGGUGCGGGCUGUCCAGGAAACCUACCUAAACGGGAAGGAGCCCCAGGAGGGAGAGGGACCGGGCGAGGGGCUCAGGCCCCGGAGGCGCCGGCGGAGGAGGAGGUGGUGACUGGCAGGCCGCCGCCCGGGCCCCACCGUCCCUCCGGGGCUGAAGGGAAAGCAGGAUGUAGGGGCGUGGGGACUCGGGCGCAGAAGAGUGCGGGGAACCGGUGAGCUCUGGGAGCUACUGCCUGAGGGCAGGCCGCGGCCCGCGGGAACCUCUUCUAUCUCAGCCUGGGCGUCGCUGAAGCUGUGUCUGCGGGGAGGCAGCGGAAGGCGGCAGAUUUUCAAGGGCUUUCGGCCCCUAGGAACUUCGAGCAGGAAUAGGGGACAUGGGUCCAGGCGGUUCUCGGUAGCUUCUCUCGGGAGUCAGAAGGUGGCGUGAGCCCUUCCAGGUGGCCGUGUAGUG